UAAAUUGCGGGGAUAGAGAUCAAUCGGUUCGUGUCCUAAAAAAAUGAAAUAUGAAAUCUGUAGUGUAAAAUCCCUCUCACCAAAAACACGGGGUUGAACUUUGUUCGAUUCCAUCGACAACCAUUUGAGGUACUUUAUUCCAUUGUUCUACCUUUGUAUUUCUGUUAUUGUCUCUUACAAUCUUUUUCACUCCGACGGGAAUUCUGGUCAAGACUUUUUACUCUUUGUCGAAUCGAAAAUUUGGCAAAAUUUGGGGUUUUGACGUGGAAUGUCAAAGGGUGCUUUAGAUAAUGAAAAUAAGAUAAUCAAAUUUUUUGGGUUUCUUGUUAGAGUGUGUGACUAAGCUUAUUUUAAAGAGUUUAUAAGAUCUAAUUUCUUAAAAAUUUAUAAGUUAUUAAAGUGUUUGGAUAAUUUAGCUUAUAAGUUAAAGAGAGAAUUUUUCGUUAGUGAGAGAAAAUUUUGUUAGAAAAAGAAAAUCGAAUUAAAAAUGAAAUUGGAAGCUUAUUUUGCAUAAGCACAUCCAAACACCCUCUGAGUCAUAUCUGUUUGCCCAUGAAGUGUGUUCGACGAAAUCAGAAAAUAGUUAUUGUAGAUCAGUAGAUGUCUUUUGUGUAAAAAAUGAAAGAAAAAUCAGAAAGCUCCGUAUCCUAUUCUUUAUACUUUCACCAUUAGAAUUCAUGCAUUGAACAGACGAAUUAGAUAAUCUCUUUACAUUAUCUUACAAACUCACAAUGUUACUCGAAAAGAUUCUUCUGUGUUUAUGCUACCAUGUGUAGACGAAAGGAAGGGGAAUUAUGGUUAAUCAAGGGGGAGGAGCAGCAGAAAUGGCGCAAAUACCAACCAGUUUUGGGCAUGAGCUGAGAGCCUGCCUUCGCUGCCGACUUAUCAAGACCCACGACCAGUUUAUGGACUUUGGGUGCGAAAACUGCAAGUUCUUUCAGAUGGAGAAUGACCGUGACAGAGUUCUUGACUGCACAACUCACAAGUUCACAGGGUUAAUCUCUGUCAUGGACCCGACUAGAUGUUGGGCCACCCGUUGGCUACGCACUGGAAAAUGUGUUCCUGGUUGCUAUACGCUUGCGGUCUCUGAAGCACUGCCUCAGGACUUGCAGAAUGUUUGUGAAGAUGAGAAUGUGCCUUAUGUUCUACCCAGAGGUGUCUGACCAGCUGAUCAUCUUCGCUUCCUUUUUGGAAUCUACCUCUUUAAUAUAGAAACAAGCUUAUAAGCUUAGUCGAACACCUUCUAGGUUGUCUAUGUAUGGGAUAAGUGGACUUGCUAAUUUAACCAUUUUGGCAAAAACAUGAUGGACGCUAAGUAGUUGCUAGCGGCGACAUGUUUUAAGUAUUGGCUCAGUAAGCUGAGCUAACUAUUUUGACAAAGCGAGGACGGAUGCUUACUAGUGGAGCUGUUGCGCUGUCUUAUAAUUCUAAUGCUACUAAGCGUUAUUAUCCAUUUAACAAUGUUAUAUAAAUAUCAAAUCACAGUAUCCUGAUGGAUUGCAAAUUUUGAGAAUCAACAAUUGUGAAGGAUUUGUUUUU